AUGCCAGGUGGAACGGUUUAUGCUCAGUUUGUCUCUUUUCAGAGAGAAUACCCACAGUCUCUACUUGGAGACACGCCACCAGAGGUAAUUGCGGCCCUAAUAGCCAUCUAUCCCGUCUUGGUCACUGCCAAUCGCAUCCUAGGCUUUAUUACGUGGACGACGGACUCAUGUUAUCGCAACUUUGUUGUGUUUUGUCUGUAUUCCCUCCUGAUAUUGCAUUGGAACAACUAUUUUCUCAUUGUGCUCCCCACAAUCAUGGCUCUUAGCUUUUGUUGCUAUGCAUGGUUUAUAAGGAAGUCGUACGUUGAAUUCGGGGAGUCAGGCCACUCGUCUCCAACCAUUGAAGAAGUUUUGAAUACUUUGGACAAUUUCACCAUGAGAAGCUCUUUAAUAUUUGAUAUGAACAUCAAGGAAAUGGCUAGCAAACGUAAAAUUAGGAGUCUACUAACAAACCUCUCUGUGCUGACCCCCCUUUAUUCAUUGUUUAUGAAACAUCACGUGUCUGCAAACACGUGGAUCUUCAUGGUGAGUUUGAUAAUGUACACUUAUUAUUCCUCACCAUUUAUGGCAAUGAGACAGCUACUUUGGCGAUUUAAACCGCUCAGGUAUGUUGCCCAAGUACUAACUGGAGAACACUAUCCAUUGGAAGACAAAGAUGUAGAAAUCACCAUUUUAAACCUCAAUACAAGGGAAAGCAUUGAUCGAAACACCAAAAUAGCCGAGCUCCAUCUUGUAGAGAACCAGAGGAGAUGGCUUGGAGUUGGAUGGUGUAGUAAGAUGUUCCUCUGGGAAGAAACCCCUUCCUAUUAUAGUCCUGAUACAAAACGGGGAUUUGAUACUCUCUCGCAAUACGAGUUCCCCCUCCUUCGAAACUACCCACACAGCACAUGGACGUGGGUGGAUGACUCUUGGAGAGCCAAUGGAGGAUGGACCUACUUUGAUUACCAUUGGCAGGAUGGUCAGCAACAGGAUUCCCUAACAAGGUACACCCGACGCCGACUAUUGAAACGCAAGUGUCUUCUUUCUCUUCGUAGAUAA